GAGAGAGAGAGGGUAAAGAGAGAACCGAGGAGUGAAGCUGAAGUUUAUCUACGGCCUCUUUUUAAAGAAGACAGCGAACUCUCACCUUUUACCUUCUUUCCCAUUUAUUAGUUUCUGUCUCUCACUGUCUCUCUCUUCUCUCUCCUUUUAACAAUGAGUUUCGUGUACUCCAUUUUCUCCACUCUCCUCAUCUAAUCCUCUUUUGCUUCACUUACUCAUCAAUGGAUUUCGAUCUCGAAAACCCACUCUCAACCUUCUCCGACUCAAUUUCAUCUCUUUUCCACGUUGAAUCCGAUCACAUGCCCUCCCAGAACUACUCUCAAUCCCUCCUCAAAUCCACAGAUUUCGACCUCUCUGUUCGCAGUCAAGCUGUGUCUCUAAUCUUACAUUUCUCUUGCAACUUCGAUCCUUUUCUCUCCUACCUCGCCAUCAAUUACCUCGAUCGCUUCCUCUCCACCCAAUGCGUAUCGCUUGGGAAGCCAUGGGUUGUGAGGCUUCUUGCUGUUUCUUGCGUUUCUUUGGGUUUGAAGAUGAGAGAAACAGAGUGCUCUGUCAUUGAUAUUCAGCAUGAUGGAGGUUUCAUAUUUGAUACCCAAACAAUUCAGCGAAUGGAGAUGUUAAUUCUCGGAGCUCUUCAAUGGCGAAUGCGCUCCGUAACUCCCUUCUCUUUCAUCAAUUUCUUCAUUUCUUUGUUCAAAUUCAAAGACUCACCGUUGAUUCAAGCUCUUAAAGCUCGAGCCACUGAAAUCAUCUUCAAAGCACAAAAUGACAUCAUGAUGUUAGAGUUCAGGCCAUCGAUAAUUGCAGCAUCAGCCCUUCUCUCUGCUUCUCACGAACUAUUUCCAUUACAAUGUCCAAGCUUUCGGGUAGCAAUUUCAAACUGUUCAUAUGUAAAUAAGGAUGAGUUGUUUAACUGUUGCAAUUUAAUGCAAGACAUAGCAAUGGAUGGCUAUGAAUCCGUGCUCGAAUUAGCAUCGAGCUCAAGAACACCGGCCAAUGUGCUUGACCGGCAUUUCUCAAGCUCGAGCUCAAAUUCGGACAGCGAGAAGACCAACACCGCUGCUGAAGCUAUUACCAACACCACAACAACAGCUAGGCUAGAGAGAGACACAAAGCGUCAAAACAUUAGCAGUUUCAAAAAUGAUAACUCAUUUCAGCUUUCAGCUUUCCCAGAUUCAACAGUGCUGAGCUGAGAGAGAGAGAGAACAGCUAAGGCACAAUUGGCUGGAUCGAGAAGGACACUAGCUAGCUAGCUGAGCUUGAAAAGGUUGAGUCGUGACUAGUGAGUGAUACAGAUGGUAUAGUGGUUGUUGUUGGGCUUUUAUCUCAACCCCAGAAAAGAAAAUGGAGAGAGAGAGAGAGAGAGAGAGAGAGAGGAGAGAGAGAGAAAGUUUCUGAUGGACCAAACAAAGACAAAACAAACUUUGUAUUUCAUGGUCUUUGGCUUGUGUGUUUUGGUUGUUGGGUAUCUCUUUGUUUCUGGCGAGGGAAUAAUGAUAAUGAUAAAAACUGAAUAAUUUUCCUGGGAAAAUCAAAA